AUGAGUGUUGCGGAGAGAUGGUCGAAGGUGCGUGACGCGAGGCUGUGCUACAACUGCUUGCGCAAGGGUCACCGGGUGGGACAGUGUCCGUCGGACAGAUCUUGCAAGUGCGGCGAGAAGCACCACAGCUUGUUGCACCAGGAGAAGAACCAGCAGCAAAACAAGCCGAAGCCAGAAGCGGCUCCGGUAUCAGCGAAGGCGCCGUCGGCAGUGUCAUCCGCCAGCGUGAAGGCUGGUCCCAGUGGCACGGGUGCGCCGGAAGUGAGCGACGAGAACGAGCAGCAGGCAACGUCGUGCUUCAGCAGUGGAGCGCUGAAGUCACCCCAGCAGGUUCUGCUGCAGACAGCGAUCAUCAACGUUGCGGACAAGGCCGGCAGGUACCAUCCGUGCCGCACGUUGUUGGAUUCCGGUUCCCAGGCGCACAUUUUGUCGGAGGCGAUGGCACGGACCCUCGGCCUAACCUUCGAACAGUGUAACGUGACGGUCAUUGGAGCAAACGCAGUGAAGACGCAAGCAAAGAAGGAAGUCAACCUUACCUUCUCGUCGAGGUACUGUCAGUUCCAAGACAACAUCUCGUGCCUGAUUUCGGACAAGCCCACGGGACGGAUCCCGUCGGCAAGAAUCGAGACAGCUGCUUGGCACAUCCCGAGCGACGUGUUCCUGGCAGACCCGAAGUUCAGCGAGCCGCACGAGAUCGACCUGGUCAUGGCGUCGAACUACGUGUGGGACUUGCUGCGAACCGAUCGAGUGAAACUGGCGAACGGCACCGUGACUCUGCGUGAAACCGAUCUGGGCUGGAUCGUGACCGGCGUGUACGACCCGUUCCAGCAGCUGAGUUGCCAAGUCGUCCACUCGAACAUCACGCUGAAGGAUCAGCUGAACAACGCCAUCGAGAAGUUCUGGCUGGUCGAAGAACUUGCAGACAAGCAACUGCAAACCAACGAAGAGCAAGAAGUGGAAGAGCACUUUCGCGGCACCCACGGCCGUGACGAAAGUGGCCGCUUCGUCGUCCAGUUGCCGUUCAAGGACACGGUUCUUGAGCUGGGCGACAACCGAGUCCAGGCGUUGAGGAGAUUCAACCUGCUGGAGCGCCGUCUGUCGCGGAACCCGGAACUCCGAGAGCAGUACACGGCGUUCGUCGAAGAGUACGAGGCGCUGGGUCACUGCAAGGAGAUUCAUGAGCAACAAGAUCCACCAGAAGUGCGUAAGUACUACCUGCCGCACCACGCUGUGCUCAAACCGUCUAGUUCGUCCACGAAGCUGCGAGUGGUUUUCGACGCCAGCGCCAAGGCCGGCAAGUACUCCCUGAACGAUGUGCUGAAGGUGGGACCGACCGUCCAGAACGACCUGUUCUCCAUCGUUCUCCGUUUCCGUCGCCAUCCGGUCGCAUUCACCGCCGACGUGGUGAAGAUGUAUCGGCAGGUGCGGGUGCAUCCGAGCGAUACGCCGUACCAGCGAAUCUUCUGGAGGAAGGACCCGAACGAGCGCAUGCGAGUGCUUGAGCUGAACACCGUUACCUACGGAACGGCGAGCGCCCCGUUCCUCGCGACGCGGUGUCUGGUGGAGCAGGCGGAGUCGGCGAAAGGCCGGUUCCCAGCAGCCGCCAAGAUCGUGAUCGAGGACAUGUAUGUCGACGACAUGCUGUCCGGCGCCAGCAACGAGAAGGAAGCAGUGAAACUUGUGCUGGAAGUGAAGAAGAUCAUGGAAGAGGGAGGUUUCCCAGUGAAGAAGUGGUGCUCUAACUCAGAGCAAGUGCUAAAGUGUGUGCCUGAAGAAGAUCGGGAGAAGCCGAAACCGAUCGAAGAGUACAGUGCGAACGAAGCCAUCAAGGCUCUGGGUGUCCUGUGGGACCCACGCGAGGAUGAGUUUCGUUUUGUGAACUGUUUGGAAGAGUGCGACAACAAACCAGUCUCGAAGACGAAAGUGUUUUCGGACAUUCUAAAAGUGUUUGACCCACUGGGCUUCGUAGCCCCAGUCAUCGUGCUGGCCAAAGUGUUUAUGCAGAAGUUGUGGGCCAGCAAGAUGGACUGGGCUACCGAACUAAACGAAGAGCUUCUGUGUGAGUGGUUCGAGAUUCGAGAGUCUCUAACAGCGCUGAACGAUAUUCGUGUGCCGCGAUGCGUCGUGGUGCCCAACACGGUUCUGCACGAGCUGCACGGGUUCGCUGACGCGUCGACCGUUGCCUACGGGGCCAACGUCUACCUGCGGUGCGUCCGCGGGAAUGGGUCGGCCGAGGCCAACCUGUUGUGCGCGAAAUCCCGAGUGGCUCCGCUGAAGAAGCUGUCCGUGCCGAACCUGGAGCUGUGUGCAGCGCUGUUGCUUGCGCGGCUCGUCGUGAAGGUCAUCGAAACGCUGGAUCUGGAGCUGUCCGCUAUCGAGCUGUACUCGGACAGCCAGAUUGUGCUCGCAUGGCUGAAGAAGGAUCCGAAUCUCCUGGAGACCUUCGUGCGCAACCGCGUCAUCCAGAUCCUCAACCUCACAGGUAAGUUCCGAUGGAAUUACGUGAGGUCAGCCGACAAUCCGGCAGACAUUGUCUCUCGAGGGAUGAGUCCCAAACUCUUGAGUCGGUGUCCGAAGUGGUGGAAGGGGCUUCUACCGCUGACGAGCGCUGCCUACGUUCCUGAAGAACCCCCCGAACUCGAGGACGACGAGCUGCCAGGGCUGGUAGCCAUCGUCUACAGAGUCACCGUCGUCGAGGAGAUGUCGGUGUUCAAACGGUUCGGCGAGUUCCGGAAACUCCAGCGCGUGAUCUGCUACGUGCGCAGAUUCGUCCAGAACUGCAGGAACAAGAAGUCUGGACAACCAAGGACAACGUGCGCCUACGUGACAGUUCCUGAAACGAGAGCGGCGUUAAAGUCCAUCAUCUGGUCGAUUCAAAUGGCAGCCUUACCAGAUGAGUUUUAUCUAGCGAAGACCGAACAAACAUCCAGCCAGCUCGCGAGCCUGGCACCAAUCGUCGACGAGGACGGUCUGCUGAGAGUCGGCGGACGUCUGGAACAUUCGAGCCUCCCGUACGAGGCCAAGCAUCCUGUGAUCCUGCCCCGUCAUCACGUGACUACGUUGCUGGUCCGAGCGCUGCAUGUGGAGAACCUGCAUGUCGGCCCCUCCGGACUCCUGGCCAUCGUUCGACAGCAGUACUGGCCGCUGAAAGCGCGCAACGUAGUGCGCGACGUGACCCGCAAGUGCCUGCAGUGCUUCAAGGCCAGCCCCCGCAGGAUUGAACAGUUCAUGGGACAGCUUCCGGCGGAACGAGUGAACGUUGCCGCCCCCUUCGAGUACACCGGCGUGGACUACGCUGGACCUGUGACGGUGAAACAAGGCAAGUACAGACCCAAACUUACCAAAGCCUACAUUGCCGUGUUCGUUUGUCUGGUCACCAAGAACAUCCACCUGGAAUUGGUGUCAGACUUGACAACCGAGGCCUUCUUGGCCGCCCUGGAUCGCUUCGUCAACCGACGAGGCAUGGUGCGCAAGAUCUUUUCCGACAACGCGACGAAUUUCGUCGGGGCGUCACGAUCUUUGCGCGAAAUGCACGAGCUCUUCAAGCAGGACCUUCUGAAGCGCGGAAUCCAAGAUUUGCUCGUGCCCAAAGCCAUCGAGUGGAGCUUCAUCCCGCCCAGGGCUCCCAACUUCGGCGGAUUGUGGGAGGCGGGCGUGAAGAGCGUCAAGACACACCUGAAACGAACGCUGCAAAACGCGGUGCACACCUUUGAAGAAUUUGCUACUAUUUUGACGCACGUUGAAGCGGUCAUGAACUCUCGGCCGCUCUUCAGCUUGUCGGACAGCCCCGGAGAUCCUCUUCCGAUAACUCCGGCGCAUCUUCAACUCGGCAGGCCGCUGCAUCCUGUCGCCAAGCCCUCCCGUAGCGGUGUCGCGGACAACCGUCUGAACCGCUGGGAGUACCUGGACAAGCUUCGUGAGUGCUUCUGGGGCCGUUGGUCCAGAGAGUACUUAACGAGUCUGCAGAAUCGUGCGAAGUGGACCAAGAAAUCGCACAACCUGCAGCCCGGAAUGCUGGUCCUUCUCGUCGAAGACAACCUCCCGUCGCAGACCUGGAAGGUCGGCAUCAUCGUCGAGACUUACUCCAGUUCGCGACGCGUUCAAGUACAGACGUGUUUGUAA